AUGUGGCUGCUCAACUCUUGCACGUGGGAGAUGAGGGAGUUCAUCUCACACAAGCAAGCCCCGCCUUACGCCAUCCUCUCUCAUACUUGGGGCGACGAAGAAGUAUCGUUUCGCGAAUGGCAGUACGAGCCUAUGAGGGACAUUGAGAAGAAGGAAGGAUUCAGGAAGAUCGACUUCUGCUGCAAGCAGGCUGCCGACGAUGGUCUUGAAUGGGUUUGGAUUGACACUUGCUGCAUCGACAAAUCCAGUAGCGCUGAGCUCUCUGAAGCAAUAAACUCCAUGUUUCAAUGGUAUAAGAGUGCCGCCAUUUGCUAUGCUUUUCUCUACGACGUUUCCAACACCGACUCCGAGUUUGACUUGACCAACACCCGCUGGGUGAAUCGUGGCUGGACGUUACAGGAGUUAAUCGCCCCUCGCGAGGUCAUUUUCUACUCGAAAGACUGGCAGGCGCUUGGAACCCGGUCCAAGCUCUCGGGGCAUAUCGCAAAAGUUACUCGCAUCAACGAGCCGUUUUUGACCGGGAGGAGUCUCGAUGAAGCAAGCAUCGCGCAGCGCAUGUCGUGGGCGGCCAAGAGAACGACGUCGCGAGAGGAGGAUGAAGCCUACUGUCUUCUCGGCAUCUUCAAUGUCAACAUGCCGCUCAUCUAUGGCGAGGGCCCGAAGGCUUUUCGCCGACUCCAGGAGGCUAUAGUCCGCGAAUACCCCAACGACCAUUCUAUUUUCGCCUGGGGGCCAAUCGCUAAGACGCCCUCGAACACAUUAUCUAACUCCGAACAGGUCUGGGGAAGGGAGCUCAUACCACACGAGCCGGAGUCAGUAUUUGAUGAAUUUUAUGGUCUGCUCGCCGAAAGCACCCGGGAUUUUGAGCAAAGUGGCCAAAUCGUAAUCGCACCGACCGCGGCCAAAUAUUUCUACCUCGGAUCCAAGAUGCCUUCAGUUUCUUCCCUUAUCGGGCGCAUCGCGCACGUAGACUUGCCACAAUAUGAGGUUGGCCCCCACGUUGCUUUCCACGUUGAAUACCCACGAGUUGGUGAUCCGAAUUCUCUAUAUCCGCCAUAUCGUCCUUCUCUGCGGAGUAUGGAACGAGUCUACGUUUCACUAUGCAGCCUUACCAUUGGCUGA